CGGGGAGCUCGCGCAGUCGGCUGUUAAACGUUCAGUUAAUUUAAAUUUCCAGGUUCGCGGAGUGAGCGGUUUCUAACCGAAAAGAUGCUGCUGUUGCUGAUCCGUUAAUAACCUUCAGAUACUGCUUUUCUUCAAAAGUACUCUCUCAUAUCACCUCCAGGAAAUGGACUGUGAUUCCCACGAUCUGAAGGAGUCAAUGUUUAAUAAUUUCAGUGAUGUUGCAGAUUGGGAGGAGAGAGACUUUGCCGGGGCAGAGGUGAAGGAUAUGAGAGUGGAGGCGGAGGCAGUGGUCAAUGAUGUCAACUUUGCUGUUCGUCACAUGGCUGUCUCAAAAAGCCUCCCAAUUGGAGAAGAUGUUGCCUACAUUAAUGUAGAAACAAAAGAAGGAAACAGAUACUGUCUUGAGCUAACUGAAGCAGGACUCCGGGUGGUAGCUUAUGGCUUUGACAAGGUGGAUAAAUCACUGUCUAUGCAGUACCAUGAAACCAUUUACUCUCUCCUGGACUCACUCAGCCCCGCAUAUCGUGAUGCAUUUGGUAAUGCACUUCUGCAGAGACUCGAAGCUUUAAAAAAUGUACAGGAAUGAAAGGCCUAAAACUGAGUUUUACAUGAAUUCAUGCAGUUUUUGAGCAAAG